AUGUCUGACGCUCCCGACCGACCUCUCCGACUUCUCUCCCUCGACGGCGGUGGUGUCCGUGGAAUCAGCGAACUGAUAAUCCUGGACCGUCUCAUGCGCCAAGUCCAGCACCGGCAUGGCCUCCCCACGGUGCCCAAGCCAUGCGACAUCUUUGACCUGAUCGGCGGUACGAGUACAGGCGGGCUCAUCGCCAUUCUCCUCGGCCGGUUAGAACUAUCCGUCCAGCAGGCCAUAGACGAGUAUCGCCUUCUUUCGAAGGUGAUCUUCGGGCCGACGAAGGCGUUCUGGAAAGAUGGGAAGUUUAAGGCUUCGCGGCUCGAAAGGGCUGUUGAGGGUAUUGUACGGAAGUAUCUAGGUGGUGAGGAAGGAUCGACGGUUUUGAAGGGGGAGGGUCGGUGUAAAGUGUUCGUCUGCGCAAAACGUACCUCAGAUGUCGCCGGCCAGACGCAUCUCUUCCGCUCGUACUCAGGCGAUACCCUCAGCGUGGCGAUCUGCGACGCGGCGCGCGCGACGUCCGCGGCGCCCAUAUUCUUCAAACGAAAGCUUGUCAUGCUCAGCGACGGGGAAUAUGGGUUUGUAGACGGGGCCUUGGGCGCUAAUAACCCAGCCAAACUCAUGCUUCGAGAGACUAGGGAAGUUUUCCCUCUUGACCGACCGGUCGGGUGCGUGGUGAGCAUUGGUACGGGCAAGAAGUUCGUGAGUCCGGUGCAGGAGCCCGGGCGUCUACAACGGUUUUUGCUCCCGCUUCCUGUGCAUGUUAUUCGCAGCCAGAAGGAUUUCUCUACGAGCUGUGAGUUGGUGGCUGAGGAGUUGGAGGAGAAGUUUUACGAUCUUCCGGAAAUGUAUUUUCGAUUCAAUGUUGAGCAUGGACUGCAGGACGUAGGUCUUGAUCAGUAUAAGAAGUUAGGGCGGAUUAGUUUGUUGACGAGGGGAUAUUUGCAGGGGUUUCUAGUUCGGAAGAAGGUCGAACGGGCGGCUGAUUCUUUAUAUAAGAAUGAUGGGAAGUGUCUUGUUUCUGACUUGUGA